GAUGCAGUGGCUCUCAUUCAUUCAUUCAUCAAUCUUCCUAUCCUAGCAUUGAGUGAAUGUUGGUGCAACUUGGGAGUAAGGGAAGCCAUUGAGUACUUACUUUCUAUAUAAACUCCAUGGAACUCAUCAAGAAACUAUACCAUUUCCCGAAAAGGAAACCAAAAUGUUUCACUCCCUAUUUGUCAUUGCCCUCCUCUUCUCUCUUUCCAAUGCAGCCGUCCAAGACUUCUGCGUUGCUGAUCUAAAAGGUCCACAAGGGCCAGCAGGCUACGCCUGCAAGAGCGCCGUGACUGCAGAUGACUUCGUGUACUCAGGCCUAAGCGGUGCUGGAAACAUAACAAGUCUAAUCAAAGCUGCAGUCACCCCAGCGUUUGUGGAGCAGUAUCCAGGCGUGAAUGGACUCGGUCUCUCGGCUGCUCGGUUAGACUUGCUUCCUGGUGGUGUUAUACCACUUCACACACACCCAGGAGCUUCAGAAUUGCUGAUUGUGACUCAGGGUAUCAUUCAGGCUGGUUUUAUCUCUUCCGCUAAUGCUGUCUUCGUGAAGACUCUUAAAAAGGGAGAUCUCAUGAUAUUCCCACAAGGGUUGCUACAUUUUCAGAUUAAUGCUGGUGGUGUGACUGCCGUUGGUUAUCCUGUAUUUAGCAGCCCAAGCCCUGGUCUCCAAAUCACUGACUUUGCUCUGUUUGCCAACGACUUGAGUACUGACUUGGUGUCGAAGACCACUUUCCUCGACCCCGCUCUGGUGAAAAAGUUCAAAGCUAUUCUCGGCGGGAGUGGUUAGAAUUGGCCAAAGGAUGUGUUUGCUUCAGUCAUCCUGCAUUUCCAAGUAACAAAUUUGAUUGAUGUUCUUUUCCAUUGCUAUUUGUAUGUUAAUGUCAUUUAAAUUAGUUGAUUUCAAGUGUCUCCCCACACCCCCUCCCCACUCCCCAACAAUUUUAGUAUGUAUUUAUGAGCUUGAUUUGCUUUGAAA